AUGGCUGACGCGUGGGAAGGCGAAGCGAUCGAGAACUGGUAUGCCUCGGACGUGGCCUCGUCGGAUAAUGAGAGUAUAGAUGCGGAGAGUGAGGCAGCUGGGUCCGAGCAGGGCGCCGAGGAAGUCGAUCACGACGAGCGCGCCAGCCUGCUGCGGGCGCCGGUGCUCUCCAUCUGCUCCGCGCUCGGCGGCUACGAGCACGUCGAAGUAGACGGGCGGCUGGAGCUGGUCUACCGCCUCGGCGAUGACUGUCUCGAGUGUCUUCGUGACCUGCGCCGCCUCUGGCGCCAGGACGACACGGACAGCAGCCGCGCGAUUGCGCGCGUCUUUGCCGAGCUCGGCACAAUGCACAACGACCUCAUUCCCAUCCUGCUGCAUGCGGCAGGCGAAGGUGAAAAGGCCGACAAGAUUGCGCUUGCGUGCACCGACUUGAUGACCGCCCUGACGUGGCCCAUCGACUGGCACGCCGAAGUCAAGGAUAUCGUGACGCGCGAAGAGGACGACCAGGUCCUCUCAAAGCUUGUCGAGCUGCAGAGCGCGCAAGUCCAGUAUAAGGCGUCGGUGCUGCGCGUGCGUGCGAAGGAGCACCGCCUGGUGAACCGCACGGUCGUGUCGUGCGUCAUGAAGUCGCUGCUGCUCCCCGCCCUUGCCAAGCCGCGCAGCGAGCGCAGCGAACGCGAGGUAGGCGUGAUCGGCAUGUGCCUGCACUUUUUCCGCAACCUGCUUGCGAUCCGCGACCCAGUCGCGCACACACUGAGCAGCACGGCGCUGGUCGCCAACGCGACCCUGCAGAGCAUGCUGGUCGAGCAGUUAGACGCGAGCCAUGUCAUGGACACGCUCUUGAUGCUCGCGAGCAAUGCAGACGCGAAGGAGUACGAGGCGUGGGCGCCUGUCGCCGCCGACUGCAUCUACCAGCUGUACCUCGGCUCGGACGUGAAAGAGAUUGCCCGCGUGGAACACGCUAGCGUCGGCGCACAGUCGUCGGCGCUCGCCGCGUCGCUCGACUCGGAAGCGCGGCGCAAGCGGCACACGAUCAACAACGCGCGCCACUCGCGCUUCGGCACGACGAUCCAGUUCACCGCCCACGACGGCUCGGUGCGUGUCGCACGGCAGCAGCCGGCGCUCGUCGAGUCGAUCAGCGAGCUGGAGCAGUCGAUUGCGGACCGCAGCAAACGGCGCGUGUCGCGCAAGCGCCCCGCGACCGAGCGCGGCGGCGUGCGGCGCUAUACCGCCUGGACGCCGGCCGGGCGCGCGGUGCUGCGGCGCUGGGCGGACCGCUUUUUGCAGGACGGCGCGUUUGCCGUGCUCGAGAAGCAGUACUUGCGCGACAUUCACGCGGAGCGCGAGCGUAUCGGCGACCUGGACGCGGCGCGGUGCAAAGCGCUGCAGCUCGCGACCUUUUUCCUGGAGUACUUUCUCGCACGGCGCGCGGACGACGCAAGUGCGUGGGACUUUUCGAUGGUCGCCGAGUGGCUCGAGCCGUGGGCCUUUCGCCUGGCGCGCGCGCGCACCGCCAUCUCGCUCGAGGCCAAAGAGUGGCUCGAGUUUGGCGCGGGUGUGCGCCUCUGGACCGCGCUCCUCCGCCUGCUCGACGCGCUGGCGCACGGCGACGAGGACCAACGCCAGGUCGCCGAUGAGCUCCAAAAUACGCUGUACUACGACGGCGACCUGCUCGACACGAGCCUGCAGGUGAUGCACGCGUACAGCGCCCAGAGUUUUGCGUGCCUAGAGACGGUGCUCGACUUUGCCUAUACCAUGCCGCGCCUCCUCGAGAAGCACGCGUCGCAGCGCGAGUACAUGUUUGUCAAGCAGCGGCGCAGCAAGGAGGAAGAGAGCACGCAGCAGAGCGAGCGCCUCUUUCGCUUCCAGACCUUUCAGCGCGCGAUGGCCACGACGCGCCUCGCGCACGUCUGCACGCAGUACCUCGGCCGCUGGCGCGACUCGGCGCAGCCGGCGACGAUGCUCACACGCCUUGCGAGCGUCGCGCACCGCAUCGCGGUCAAGGCGACGCGCCCGGACCUCUUCUUUAGCGCCAAGGCCCGCGCGGUCUGGGUGCGUCUCUUGCGCGAUCCCGAGAGCGAGAUGGCGGCCGUGGAUGCCAAGGCGCACACGUCGCUCGUGCAGCUCGCGACCUACCUGAAGCGCAAGUUUGCCAAGCUCGACACGUCGGCGCAGGAAGCGUUCGACGCGGACAAGCGCCCGGCUCGAGAGCCAAAAGCGGACAAGGCGCCGGCGGAUAUCAUGGUCAAGCCGGGCCUGGUGCACGCCGAAGAGAUCGGCGUGGCGGUCGGCCUCCUGGGCGAGCAGCACAAGCUCGCGGCGGUGACCUGGGUCAAGUUCCACCUGGAGAUGGCGAGCGCCGCGCGCAAGGCGCUCAUGGCGAGCGAUCCCGAUGCGGACCCCGCCGCGCCGAGCGCCGAGGUGCUCGACCAGUUUGCUACGCAUACCCUCACGACCGACGCAGACGAAAUGCAGGCGGACGCGACGCGCCACCCGGUCGUCAAGCUGCUCCUGCGCCUGGUCGGCCUCGAGGCGGAAGUCGUCGGCGACCACCUCGAAUGGAGCGUGCCGCGCACCGUGACGCCUGCCGCGCUCGACCGCGACGCGCGCAUCAUCGACCAGUACCUCGCGCAGCCCCUGCUGAUCGAGGGCGAGCUCAGCGAGCAGGUGCAGCGCCUGCGCGCGCCGCGCCCGCGCGCCGAAGGCCAGGGCGACACUUCCCCGAAAAAGAAGCGGCAGGAGACCAAGGAAAAGCGCCAGCGUGCGCCGCGCGUGCCCAAGUGGCUCGAGAACGAGUUUAUCGAAGACAGCGACGAGGAGCUCGCAUUUGCGAUGGCCGAUGUGCCGCGCACGAGCUCGCGCAGCUCGUCGCCGCACCGCGUCUUUAGCGACGAGCAAACACCCGACCGCGUCGAGCGCUCGCCGCACACGAGCCCUUCGACGCCGAAGCGCGCACGCGCGUCGCCGAGCGCGUCGCCAAGCGCGAAACGCGCAGCACUCGCAUCGCUCAAUGCGCGGCGUGCCGGCCUUGCGUCGCCGGUCAAGGCGCACACGCCGGCGCACCGCGACCCCCUCUUUUUGUUCGACUCUGACAAUGAAUAG